AUGGCAUCCGUCUUGGCUGCAGGACAAGCACGACUUUCAUCCCAGCUGCUUCGCCCAAUACCUCAGAAUCAGAUUCCCAUCACUCACUCCCUCAAACGCAGCGCCGUUAAAGCAGCGCCUGUCGAUUUCAGCUUGGAGAGGAAUGUUUUGAGAUUGAAAAUAAGGGAAAGCUGGCACGCUGUGUCUGCAUCAAACUCUAACCCUUCAAAUGGAGAUUCCGUUGAGGAUAAAUCAGGUGGGGUUAAAACCAAUGAUGCUGCACAAGGCCCUCCUUUGCUUACCAUUGUGGCUGGAUUUGUCGUCUUUUUUCUCUUAUUUGGAUUUUGGGGGUCAAUUCUAAUGUGGUUGAUUGGUCUAGUUGUUAGAUUUCCUCCACCUAAAUAA